ACCCGCCAGUACUUCGUACCCGCUGAACGUUAAAAAAGAUAUCGCGCAUAAAAAUGAAGUUGUUUGUGGCGUUUGUAUUCCUUGUGUGCUGUGCAGGUGUUUGCGGAGCGAUACGUUGCUACGAAUGUUCGUAUUCCGACGGCAAUUGCGCCGAUGAGUUCAGUUCCAGUGGUUUCACACCAGCAGAUAAUUGCGAAGUGUGCUCAAAAGUCAAAGGAGAGAUGAAUGGUAACCAGUUUGUAACUAGGUCAUGCGAAACAGAAUCCUCUUCUACCGGAUGCACAUCUGGCACGUAUCAAGAGGUCGAUGUCGACAUAUGUAUCUGUAACACAGACCUCUGUAACAGCGCACCCAGUAUCUCUGCAAGAUUUGCCAUCGUUGCGAUUUCUCUUGUCAUGUUUUUGAAAUCUCUGUAAACAUUUCUUCGUAGAGUGAUGUAUGGCACCAUGUAUUUUAGAGAUUUCUUUACAAUAAUUAACAGUAUGCCAUGAUUUUUUUCUUUGAAAUAGUUGACCCGGUGCCCUUAAUUUCUGUCAUUUCCUUAUACUAACACGUUUUAUUUCUGCUUUAUGACUUGUUUAUUAUGUACACGUAAACUAUUCUUAUAAAUCAUA